GAGCCCGUUUGGAUUCAGGUGUUGAAUGACGGAACUGUAGUGGAAGUGUAGAGGUGUAAUGGUUCAGUGUCUGUGAGUAUUGUAUCUGAUACUGAACAGUAAUUAUCGAGUAUUUAUCAGCUCGACAGUAUGAAGUAUUUUUUCAGAUGUGUGUAGAGAGAUUUAUUCGUUUUAAAGCAACCAGAAUGUGACAUUAGGUGUGAUGACCUAAACAUGGGCCAGAGAAAAAAAGGUGGUGGCCGGUCCCAUGUUCCUUGUCCAUCUAAAGCACAGACCUAUAAUCCAAAUGCACACACUUCUGCAGCACUCCAUCAACAUGCACACUUCUCCACAGCACUCCCUAAAGAUGCACACUCCUUUAGCACUCCCAGUCAUAAAAAGCACAGCAUCUGCAUGGUGUCUGACUUCUUCUACCCUAACAUGGGUGGCGUGGAGAGUCACAUCUACCAGCUCUCACAGUGCCUCAUAGAAAAGGGUCACAAAGUGGUGAUAGCUACACAUGCCUACGGGGACCGGCGUGGAGUGCGCUACCUCACCAACGGGCUAAAGGUCUAUUACCUUCCACUUCAGGUGAUGUAUAACCAGUCCACAGCCACCACCUGCUUCCACAGCCUACCACUGCUCAGGUGUGUGUUUGUUCGUGAGCGUGUCACUGUGGUGCACGCCCACAGCUCCUUCUCGUCUAUGGCACACGACGCCCUGUUCCACGCCAAGACCAUGGGUCUCAACACUGUAUUCACGGACCACUCGCUCUUCGGAUUUGCUGAUGUCAGCUCCGUCUUGACAAAUAAGCUGCUCACUGUGUCUCUGUGUGACACCAACCACAUUGUGUGUGUAUCAUACACCAGCAAGGAGAACACUGUGCUCAGGGCGGCGCUUGACCCCGACAUCGUCUCCGUCAUUCCAAACGCUGUCGAUCCCACAGACUUCACACCUGACCCCAGUCGUCGUGACAACAGCAAGAUCACCAUAGUUGUAGUGAGCCGACUGGUGUACAGGAAAGGAAUCGACCUGCUGAGUGGAAUCAUUCCGGAGUUAUGUGCCAGGCAGCAGGAUCUCUGCUUUUUAAUUGGUGGGGAAGGUCCCAAGAGAAUAGUUUUGGAGGAGGUUAGAGAGAAGUAUCAGCUUCAUGACAGGGUGCGUCUGUUGGGAGCUCUGGAUCAUAAGGAUGUAAGGGACGUGUUGGUGCAGGGUCAUAUCUUCCUCAACACAUCGUUAACAGAAGCCUUUUGCAUGGCCAUAGUGGAGGGAGCCAGCUGUGGCCUACAGGUGGUGAGCACUCGUGUUGGCGGUAUACCCGAGGUUCUACCUGAUGACUUGGUUACUCUUUGUGAGCCAACGGUCAGCUCGCUCUGUGCAGGCCUGGAAAAGGUCAUUUCCCGGCAACGUGCAGGGAAAGUGCCAUCUCCAGCGGCCAUCCACCGCCAGGUCCGAGAUCUCUACACCUGGAGAAACGUUGCUGAACGAACAGAAAAGGUGUAUCACUAUGCAUGCAGACAGCCUGUCUUGUUAUUGCCUGCUCGGCUGCAGAGGCUGUGCUCUCAUUGUGGUCCUGUUGCUGGUCACACCUUCUCCUUCAUGGCUGUAAUCAACUUUCUCUUCCUGCUCUUUCUGCAAUGGCUCCGUCCCGACAACCUCAUCGACAUUGCCGUGGACAGUUCAGGCCCAGAUGGCCGUUAUGGGCAGAGAGCUUUAGGAAGAAGGAAAGUAAAGAAAUAAAUAAAGAAUUACUUGCAGAUGCAGACACAAGACACUGUUAAAAUAGAGCCAUGAUUUUAAUCUUUCUCUGGAAUUUUUUACCUCUUUUUUUGUCAUUUAUUCAUUCAUUUAUUGUUUGUUUCACCACCACUUGAUCCUGUCCCGGACAGGUCACCAGUCCAUGACAGGGCAAACACAUACAGACACACUUAGCAAUUUUGUAUCUCUAAUUAACCUGACUUCAUGUCGCUGGACUGUGGAGGAAACCCACACAAACACAGGGAGAACAUGCAAACUCCGCACAGAAAGAACCCGUACCAGUCCAUUUGGAAAUCAACCCAGUACCUUCUUGCUGUGAGGCGACGGUGCUACCCACUGUGCUGCCCCUUCGGUUUUUAAAUAAUCGGUUUUAAAUAAUGUUUUUUACAACCUGCAUUGAUAUAUAUAAAAUUAUUAAAAGAGUCUCUGUGUAUAACAAGUCAGACUAACAACCAAUAUUAAAAGCUUGUGACCCUCUAGAUGGACAGUGGUAGCCUAGUGGGUAGAGCUUUGGGCUAUCAAUCGGAAGAUUGUCGGUUCAAAUCCAGGCGCUUCUAUGCAGCCACUGUUGGGCGCUUGAGCAAGGCCCUUAAUCCUGUCUGCUCCAGGGGUGCCAUACAAUGGCUGACCCUGCACUCUGACCCCAUCUUGUUUGUACUGUACAUGCGUAUAUGUGUAUAUGAAGAAUAAAGGCAUUCUUCUAAAACUGCCAUGCUUCUGUAAUGAACAUGAGCUAAAUGGACCAUCAUGAUUCUUACCAAUGCAAUGUUUGUGGCUAAGUUGGUAGCACUGUCGACUCGCAGCAAGAAGGUCCUGGUUUCGAUCCCUAGGUGGGGCGGUCUGGGUCCUUUCCGUGUGGAGUUUGCAUGUUCUCCCCGUGUGUGCGUGGGUUUCCUCCGAGUGCUCCGGUUUCCUCCCACAGUCCAAAGACGUGCAAGUGAGGUGAAUUGGAGAUGCAAAAUUGUCCAUGACUGUGUUCAAUAUAACCUUGUGAACUGAUGAACCUUGUGUAAUGAGUGACUGCCGUUUCCUGUCAUGAAUGUAGCCAGAGUGUGAAAAAUCCUGAUAAACAAACAAACAAACCAAUGCAAUGUUUGAAAAGUUAUUUGGAAUGUUUUGUAGCCAUAAAAUAAAUAACUUGUUUAUAUUUACAAAAACAAUAAAGUUGAUUAUCUCAAGUGUUUUUUUUUAUAACUCACUGGUUUGUGUUUUUAUUAGCAUUUUACUGUUUUUUGGAAUUUGGUUUGUUGAUGUUAGCUGUAAUAUUAUUAAAUUUAGUUUGCUAGAGGAAAAGAUUAGGGCAGGAAGGAAUCUGACUUUAGGAACUUUCAUAAUACUGAUAACACAGACAUUCUCCUUUCAAGGCUGAACCCAGGAGCCUCAUUAACACACUGUUCUCACCUUGUCUGACGGCCUUCACACAAACAAAGACUUGCUGUACAGCUGGAGGAUCCGGUCUCAUUCCUGCAUAGUGUAGGCAGAACCUUAAAUGCUUAUGUAAAUAAUGUAAAGACAUGUAAAUGACCAAGUUUAUCAUAAACAUCCUGAAAAUGUCUCUGUUGUAUUUAAGUGAACUUAUUUUAUUUUGCUUGGUAAAAAGAGACAUUUUCAUCCCACUGAACAAUUAUUUUUCAGUUGUGUUUAGUUUGUAUUUGUGAACUGUUUGUGCAGGAACAAAAUAACACAAAGUCAUACUUGUAUCAACACAUUUUUAUUUGCACAUUAAUUGUAGACAAAUCACUUUUAUAUUGUGUAAGUUAAUAAAAAGACUGAGUAGGUUUAAAUGUACUUCAUGUUUAGAGUAGAUGUAGUAGGAAAUAAUGCUUUUGUAGCAUUGUGAUUUAGUUUUGACCUUUUUCUAUUGUCACAUUCUUUACAAUCACCCAACCUAUGUGUUUUUCUGAUUUACAAUUGGGGAGAUUGGUUAGGUUAUGCAAGCACCUUCACCUUUUUUAGUAAAUGUUCUUGUAUUUUGCUUCAUGUUUGGAAUUGUUUUUGUCUGCAAAAUCUGCAAAGAAUAAAUCUUACACAAUUUAAAA